UUACGGUGAACCGACAGUUUCAGUUCAGACAAACAGCACCAGAAUGAAGAUCAAGAGUUUUACCUGCGGGCUCCUCCUCCUCGCCUUCAUUACCACAGGAGCAGAGGCUCAGAUAGAUGUCUGUGGCCAAGCUGCCCUCAACACCAAGGCAGAGUCCAGGAUCGUUGGAGGCCAGGACGCCGCUGCGGGGUCAUGGCCCUGGCAGGCCAGGCUGCAAAUCUCGGUAAACGGGGGGACGGCUCUCUGUGGGGGGUCUCUGAUCAACAGCCAGUGGAUCCUGAGUGCUGCUCACUGUUUCAGGAGCACCAGCACUUCAAAUGUGGUUGUUUACCUGGGAGAAACCUCGAUAGACAACAGUCCUAACUCCGUCAGCAAGACGGUGUUCCAGAUUAUUGUACAUCCAAACUACGACAGUCAAACUUACGACAACGACGUUUCUCUGGUGAAACUGACCUCGUCUGUGACCUUCAACGACUACAUCAGCCCCGUUUGUUUGGCGGCAGCGGGCAGCGACUUCCCCGGCGGGACCACCGCCUGGGUCACCGGCUUUGGGACUCUUUCAUCUGGAGGAUCUUCCCCUUCCACCCUGCAGGAAGUCAGCGUUCCCAUUGUGAACAACACAGAGUGUAACGCUUCUUAUGGUACAAUCACGAGCAACAUGAUCUGUGCCGGUCUGACAGCUGGAGGGAAGGAUUCCUGUCAGGGAGACUCUGGCGGUCCGCUGGUGAGCAAAAAGGACAGGUGGGUCCAGGCUGGAGUGGUGAGCUUCGGAGAAGGAUGCGCUCAAGCAAACUUCCCAGGAGUCUACGCCCGGGUCUCCCAGUACCAGUCCUGGAUCAGCAGCCAGGUCGACGGCACCCAGCCGGGGUUCAUCACCUUCGUCAGCUCCUCCAGCAUCUCAGCCGCUCACUUCAUCUCCAUGACGGUGCUGCCCGUCGUCUUCUCCGUCUUUAUUCUCUUCUGAGAGCUUUGAAGAAGCUCACCAGAACUUGGAAAAAUGUUUACUUUAGAAGAAAUUUACAGGUGAAAAUGAUUGUAAUUUUACAUAAUUAUAUGAAUAUUUAAAAACAAAACUUUAGUGAAUUCAGUUUGCUUUUAUUGUCUUAAGUAGGGGUGUAACGGAUCACAAAACUCACAGUUCGGAUCGUGUCAGUUUUAGGGUCACCAUUUGGAUUUUACAUUUACACGUCUUGAGACCAGAUUUACAAAAACUGAGAGAAAAGAAUUCUCUAAAAUAGUGUUGAAAAUACCAAAUCUAUCUGGAGCUCCCUUAAAAUACAAAUGUUCUCGCCCCACCCACCUCAUAUCCAAAUUAAAUCAUGAAUAAAACAGUUAAAUUAAUUUUUGUUAUUGCUUUAUCAAAACUAACUGUGGGAACAUUUAAUUAUUCAAAAUAAUAAUUGUUGUCUGUAAGAUGUGGCGCUGCCAUGCUCCCUUCUCUAGUGAUUUUUGAUCUCUUUGGCUUGCCGUACUGUCAUCCCCCUAACGGCUCCGGCGAGUCCGUUACGGAGCGUCUUUCUCCUGUGUGGGACAGCUGCUGCUCCUCAUUGAGAGAAUCUCUGAAUCCAGAAAUGGAAACGUGUACUGAUGCAUUUAAUCAGCUCUUCAUGUUAAAUAAACCUGAUAUUUAUUGAUCCGCGUCCUUCAUUAUUAAGCUGAGAAAAGUUUUUACAGAAGCUCCUCCCACACGCAGCGGGAGCUUCAGGUGAACAGACUUUAAGAUAAACAUGAAGAAGCUGCUUGAGCGCUUGUCAGAACAAAGACGAUUUGAAUGAAUUUGUCACGAACUCCAUUCGUUCUGAAAGGACAAUUGAUUUAAAUUAUGCUAGCGCGCGGUGUGCUGAACCGUGGCCUCUGAUCCGUACGGACCACGGAUUAUCUGUGAUCCGUUACACCACUAGUCUGAAAUAACUGCAUUUAAAUCCAAAGAUUCUUACUUGUUUUGAAACCUGUCUUACUCAGUUUGUCCCUCUUGAGCUUCUGUAAACAAUAAAUAAAAUCAUAUUUAUUGA